GAAGCAACGAAGCAACUUCAAAACCCUCACGUCAACUCCUUCCUUUUUCAAACUUCAAACUUCAACCAUAGCACCCAACAUAAUCCAGCAACAUGCUACUAAUUGGUCUCACCGGCUCUAUCGCGACCGGUAAAUCUACGGUCUCAUCAAUCCUUUCUCAAGCUCCAUACUCUCUUCCCAUUAUCGAUGCCGAUUUACUUGCGCGCAAAGUUGUAGAACCCGGAACUCCAGGUUACAACAAGAUUGUCGCACAUUUCUCACCAACUACUCCCGAUCUACUUCUUCCUCCUUCUCCCGAUCAUGAUAAUACAAAAGGCGCACCGUUAAAUAGGCCUGCACUAGGUAGAAGAGUGUUCGGGGAUAGUGAGGAGAGAAAAAGAGACAGGGCCGUGUUGAAUGGAAUUGUGCAUCCCGCAGUCAGAAAAGAGAUGUAUAAACAAUUGCUCGGGUGCUAUCUAAAGGGUUGUUGGGCCGUAGUUCUUGAUGUGCCUUUAUUGUUUGAGAGCGGAAUCGAUGCGAUAUGUGGUACUGUCCUUGUCGUGGCCGUACGGGAUCCAAAGAUACAAAUGCAAAGAUUAAGGGACAGAGACUCGCAUCUGACGGAAGAAGAUGCUGAGAACAGGGUUAAGAGCCAAGGGGACGUGAGGGAAAAGGCAAAGAGAUGUCAAGCCAGAGGGGAAGGACAUGGGUUGGUAGUUUGGAACGAUGAAGGAAAAGAUGAAUUGAAGAUAGAGCUGCAAAAGGUUAUGGAAAGUAUACAAGGCAAGAGUCCUAGAUGGUGGGCCUGGCUAUUACUUUUAUGCCCGCCACUAGCUGGUCUUGCUGGAAUUUGGAACUAUUGGAGAAAUCUUACGAUCAACAAAGAGUGGAAAAGAGGAGAGCUUCAAGCUAAGGCUAAGUUGUGAUAUCGCCAGCUACAUUAUUGCAUGGAUAUAAUUUUAUCAACUAAGUGAAUGACAAAGUCUCACAGGGAGGAUGGUUUGAAACAAGCCUGCACGGCUCAACAUAUAGGGUAGCAUUGCAGGAUGCCAUAUCUCAUAUCUAGCACUGGAAGAUCUUGACGACACGUAGCGAGGCCAAGAAUAGUAGGCAAGGCUCCAUUCUUUCUUAUAACAGCUCUCAAGAUAUGAUAUUCAGGUUGGGUAGCCUCACCUCAUCGAUCGAUGGCUCCUAUUCCUGUUCCUCCGAAUGUAGUAGCUCAUAGAGAGGGCAAUCGUCUAUUCUUUCCGCCAUAUUCAAAGAACUGGUCUCGAUGUCCGUUACAAUUCAAAUCCACUCUCUUUCGUUGAUGGCGCAUUUCUUGGCUAGGAUUUGGAUCAAAUCGACUUCACUUGGGCACUAGAUGAGGGUGAACAAACACUUGACAAGCGCAGACGAGUUGAUAGGUUACAAGAUCUUCAUGAUUGAAGUUUUGGUUGUAUUUUAUAUUCCCAGCAAACCUUUUCAGAGAGCAGAAACUCGAAUUGUUCGUCAAUCGAAAUCCACCUUAAACCCA